UAAAUGACUUGUUGUGUAGCCCAUUAUUUCCAAGGUAAUGUCCAUAACAUUGGUGUUCAUCCCUUUCACAACCCACACUUGUUAUAACAUAGACCUGAAAGUAUUUUCCAUUUAUCUACAGGAUCCCAAAAGAAAUGCCUUCCUGGUUUGCAUAAUCCAGUACCUGCUGGUUUCUACCUACAGGAUCACUGGAUCUCCCUGGUGUGUGACUCAAAAAGGUUUUCUUCAGCCAAACAGGUGUCUGCAUGCCUGAACGAUAAACAGAUUCUUAUGAUGGGCGACUCUACUCUCCGUCAGUGGUUCGAAUACCUGGAAAAAACUGUGCCAACAUUGAAACACCUGGAUCUUCACACCUCGAGCAAGUCGGGCCCCUUUGAGGCGGUUGACACCCAGUCGAAUACCCGUAUCAUCUGGCGGGCCCACGGGAUACCCAUACGGACAGACAAGACCCCCAUGGCUGACCUCCACUACAUCGCCAAGGAGGUGGACGGCCUGGCAGGGGGUCCACACUCUGUGGUUGUCUUUACCAUCUGGGCUCAUUUCACCACGUACCCACUGGCCAUGUACGCACACCGCCUGGUCGUUAUCCGUAGGGCUGUGGCAUCACUGCUAAGACGAUCUCCUUCUACUUUGGUAGUUAUCAAGUCAGCCAACACAGGUUACAAGGAUGUGUAUGGCAGCGACUGGCUCUCCUGGCAACUCGACUUAGCCCUAAGGGAAAUUUUCCGGGAAUUGGCUGUUGUCCUUAUUGAUGUUUGGCAGAUGACAUCUUGCCACUAUUCGCCAGAUAAUAUUCAUCCACCCCAUGUCGUAAUCCAAAAUGAAGUGGACCUUUUCCUUUCCUACGUUUGUCCGGUAUGA